UCGUGUUGCAUUGGAUAUUGUGGCUGUUUAUGACAACGUGGACAUUGCUGACAUCAUCCUGAAGGGAAGACUGCCAGACGGCAAUGAUGUGGAAACAACUGUUUCUAUGUCAAUGGAGGAUGUUGCAGUCGAGACUCGAUGUGUCGUGUUACACUGGGCACACAAGAACAGUAGAGUGGAUGUGAUAGGAAAGAUUGUGGAGCAGGGAACAGAAGUGAAGGACAGAUUGGGACGAACUUUACUUCACUAUGCUGCUGAUCAUGGCAACUGUGAUGUGGUUGAUGUUCUCUUGAGCAAGAAUGCAGAUGUUGAUGCUUCAGACAAGUUUGGUAGGACUGCAUUUGAUUUUGCUAUGAUGAAUGGUCACAUGUCAACAGCUGGUCGGUUGGUGUUGGCAAGUAAAAGAGUUGAAGAUCUUACAGUUGAGACUAGUUCUCUCGUGUUCCAUUGGGCAUGUAAGAACAAGAAAGUUGAUGUUGCAAGAAAUAUUGUGGAACAUCACGGAACAGAAUGGAAGGACGACUAUGGUCGUGUUGCAUUGGAUAUUGUGGCUGUUUAUGACAAUGUGGACAUUGCUGACAUCAUCCUGAAGGGAAGACUGCCAGACGGCAAUGAUGUGGAAACAACUGUUUGUAUGUCAAUGGAAGAUGUUGCAGUCGAGACUCGAUGUGUCGUGUUACACUGGGCACACAAGAACAGUAGAGUGGAUGUGAUAAGAAAGAUUGUGGAGCAGGGAACAGAAGUGAAGGACAACUUGGGACGAACUUUACUUCACUAUGCUGCUGAUCAUGGCAACUGUGAUGUGGUUGAUGUUCUCUUGAGCAAGAAUGCAGAUGUUUAUGCUUCAGACAAGUUUGGUAGGACUGCAUUUGAUUUUGCUAUGAUGAAUGGUCACAUGUCAACAGCUGGUCGGUUGGUGUUGGCAAGUAAAAGAGUUGAAGAUCUUACAGUUGAGACUAGUUCUCUCGUGUUCCAUUGGGCAUGUAAGAACAAGAAAGUUGAUGUUGCAAGAGAUAUUGUGGAAUGUCACGGAACAGAAUGGAAGGACGACGAUGGUCAUGAUGCAUUGGAUAUUGUGGCUGUUUAUGACAAUGUGGACAUUGCUGACAUCAUCCUGAAGAGAAGACUGCCAGACGGCAAUGAUGUGGAAACAACUGUUAGUAUGUCAAUGGAAGAUGUUGCAGUCAAGACUCGAUGUGUCGUGUUACACUGGGCACACAAGAACAGUAGAGUGGAUGUGAUAAGAAAGAUUGUGGAGCAGGGAACAGAAGUGAAGGACAACUUGAGACGAACUUUACUUCACUAUGCUGCUGAUCAUGGCAACUGUGAUGUGGUUGAUGUUCUCUUGAGCAAGAAUGCAGAUGUUUAUGCUUCAGACAAGUUUGGUAGGACUGCAUUUGAUUUUGCUAUGAUGAAUGGUCACAUGUCAACAGCUGGUCGGUUGGUGUUGGCAAGUAAAAGAGUUGAAGAUCUUACAGUUGAGACUAGUUCUCUCGUGUUCCAUUGGGCAUGUAAGAACAAGAAAGUUGAUGUUGCAAGAGAUAUUGUGGAAUGUCACGGAACAGAAUGGAAGGACGACGAUGGUCAUGAUGCAUUGGAUAUUGUGGCUGUUUAUGACAAUGUGGACAUUGCUGACAUCAUCCUGAAGAGAAGACUGCCAGACGGCAAUGAUGUGGAAACAACUGUUAGUAUGUCAAUGGAAGAUGUUGCAGUCAAGACUCGAUGUGUCGUGUUACACUGGGCACACAAGAACAGUAGAGUGGAUGUGAUAAGAAAGAUUGUAGAGCAGGGAACAGAAGUGAAGGACAGAUUGAGACGAACUUUACUUCACUAUGCUGCUGAUCAUGGCAACUGUGAUGUGGUUGAUGUUCUCUUGAGCAAGAAUGCAGAUGUUUAUGCUUCAGACAAGGAUGGUAAGAGACCUUUUGAUUUUGCUGUGAGAAGAGGUCACAUGUCUACAGCUAAUCGAUUGUUAUCAGUAAUGCAGUCAGUUGAAGAUGUUGCAUUAGAGAAUGUGUGGAAGCUGCUACAGUGGGCAUAUAGUAAUGAAGUGGAUGUUGCAACAAAGAUUGCGGAGAAGUUUUGUCAAUCAGUGGAGAAGAAGUCUGGUCGCACUUUACUUCACUUUGCUGCUCAAGUUGAUCAUCGUGAGGCAGUCGAGUGUCUGUUGGAGAAGAAGGCUGAUGCAGAUGCUAAAGAUAAGGAUGGGAAGAGACCUUUUGAUUUUGCUGUGAGAAGAGGUCACAUGUUAAUAGCUAAUCGGUUGUUAUCAAUAAUGCAGUCAGUUGAAGAUGUUGCAUUAGAGAAUGUGUGUAAGCUGCUGCAGUGGGCAUGUAGUAAUAAAGUGAAUGUUGCAACAAAGAUUGCAGAGAAAUUUUGUCACUCAGCGGAGGAGUCUGGUCACACUUUACUUCACUUUGCUGCUCAAGCUGAUCAUCGUGAGGCAAUCGAGUGUCUGUUGGAGAAGAAGGCUGAUGCAGAUGCUAAAGAUAAGGAUGGGAAGAGGCCUUUUGAUUUUGCUGUGAGAAGAGGUCACAUGUCAACAGCUAAUCGGUUGUUAUCAAUAAUGCAGUCAGUUGAAGAUGUUGCAUUAGAGAAUGUGUGUAAGCUGCUGCAGUGGGCAUAUAGUAAUGAAGUGGAUGUUGCAACAAAGAUUGCAGAGAAGUUUUGUCAAUCAGUGGAGAAGAAGUCUGGUCGCACUUUACUUCACUUUGCUGCUGAACUUGAUCAUCGUGAGGCAGUCAAGUGUCUGUUGGAGAAGAAGGCUGAUGCAGAUGCUAAAGAUAAGUAUGGUAAGAGACCUUUUGAUUUUGCUGUGAGAAGAGGUCACAUGUUAACAGCUAAUCGGUUGUUAUCAAUAAUGCAGUCAGUUGAAGAUGUUGCAUUAGAGAAUGUGUGUAAGCUGCUGCAGUGGGCAUGUAAUAAUGAAGUGGAUGUUGCAACAAAGAUUGCAGAGAAGUUUUGUCAAUCAAUGGAGAAGAAGUCUGGUCGCACUUUACUUCACUUUGCUGCUUUACUUAAUCAUUGUGAGGCAGUCGAGUGUCUGUUGGAGAAGAAGGCUGAUGCAGAUGUUAAAGAUAAGGAUGGGAAGAGACCUUUUGAUUUUGCUCUGAGAAGAGGUUACAUGUCAACAGCUAAUCGGUUGUUAUCAGUAAUGCAGUCAGUUAAAGAUGUUGCAUUAGAGGAUGUGUAUGAGCUGCUGCAUAGGCCAAGUAGUAAUGAAGUGGAUGUUGCAACAAAGAUUGCAGAGAAGUUUUGUCAAUCAGUGGAAAAGAAGUCUGGUUGCACUUUACUUCACUUUGCUGCUUUACUUGAUCAUCGUGAGGCAGUCGAGCGUCUGUUGGAGAAGAAGGCUGAUGCAGAUGCUAAAGAUAAGUAUGGGAAGAGACCUUUUGAUUUUGCUCUGAGAAGAGGUUACAUGUCAACAGCUAAUCGGUUGUUAUCAGUAAUGCAGUCAGUUGAAGAUGUUGCAUUAGAGGAUGUGUGUGAGCUGCUGCAGUGGGCAUGUAAUAAUGAAGUGGAUGUUGCAACAAAGAUUGCAGAGAAGUUUUGUCAAUCAGUGGAAAAGAAGACAAUGAGAUGAGGCGAUGAGACAAUGAGAUGAGGCGAUGAGAUCAUGCGAUGAGACAAUGAGAUGAGGCGAUGAGACAAUGAGAUGAGGCGAUGAGACAAUGAGAUGAGGCGAUGAGACAAUGAGAUGAGGCGAUGAGACAAUGAGAUGAGGCGAUGAGAUCAUGCGAUGAGACAAUGAGAUGAGGCGAUGAGACAAUGAGAUGAGGCGAUGAGACAAUGAGAUGAGGCGAUGAGACAAUGAGAUGAGGCGAUGAGACAAUGAGAUGAGGCGAUGAGACAAUGAGAUGAGGCGAUGAGACAAUGAGAUGAGGCGAUGAGACCAUGCGAUGAGACCAUGCGAUGAGACCAUGCGAUGAGACCAUGCGAUGAGACCAUGCGAUGAGACCAUGCGAUGAGACCAUGCGAUGAGACCAUGCGAUGAGACCAUGCGAUGAGACCAUGCGAUGAGACCAUGCGAUGAGACCAUGCGAUGAGACCAUGCGAUGAGACCAUGCGAUGAGACCAUGCGAUGAGACCAUGCGAUGAGACCAUGCGAUGAGACCAUGCGAUGAGACUAUGCGAUGAGACCAUGCGAUGAAACUGCAAUAUGAGACUGCACUAUGAGACUGCAAUAUGAGACGGCAUCAAUAUGAGAUUACCGCAGAUUACCGCAGAUUACCGCAUGCCGCUACUACACUGUAUGGGACUGGGGAGACUGCAUUACAUAAUUAUAUUUUAUCUACUACAGAGAAUCUAGUUUUUGAAGAUUUUUUCACCCGUGUUCUUGUGUGAUUGCAUCAAGGCUGCGUUUUUGAGCUCCACAAAACCAAUUGAAGUGCUUACUCUCCCACUUUUCUAAAUCUAGACAACACAUGCAGUAUGUAGUCUUUGGUAUCCGGUUGGAGAGUUACAACAUGUCGUAUAUAUCUUGUACGAGUUAGACACUCGCUGCAAGUCACUCUAUUUCUAGACUACAAUUGAUUGUCGAAACACAUCUAGAUGGAG